AAUUAUAACUAGUGCUAGCCAACCUCGGCAGUGAUUUAUUGUCUCUGUGGCUUUAAGCAGUGAUGUAGUUUAUUUAAAUAUCAUCUUGAGUAGAAGAUUUAGACGGAACAUAUCGGCAUUUUAAGUGACAAAAUGGCAACAAUCGAAGAUGAAUUGGAGGAAAAGUCACAGUGUGAAAACACCGCAGAAGCUUUCAGUCCAGAAUUUGUAACCGAGCUGUCUAACAAGCUGGAGCACUUAUCUCCAGGAGACGAAUGCGUCACGAACAUAGAUAUGUUUGAUGACAGGCUGAAUGAAAUGACUGCUUCUUAUUCAGAAAUAUCGUUCGACUCUCAAACUCCGCCCGACUUGGUUUCUGAUUUCGAGGCUUCCCUCGUAUCCCCAGCAGAUUUUCUGGAGCAAGGAAUGGAUUUGCAAGUCUCGGAGAGGUCCCGCAGAUUUGAAGACCCUUUUCCUGAUAGCGACAAUAAACGACCCGAUAGGUUAGAUUUGCACGAAAUGGAAUCCGUUGACAAAAGAAAUCGGCCUUUCCAUCAGGCAUUUCAAGACUUGAAUUUGGAGGGAACUGUAACUAAAGAUGGUGACAUGGUUCUCUUUGUUACUGGAGACCUUGAAACAAAAAUAAAACUCUCUAGUCCAGUUAUGAAGAAAGGGGACACGCCGUCAUUUCCUGGUUCACGGACUUCAACUCCGUGUUUGUACCGCCAAGCCCUCACACCUCAACUCCCUCCGAUAGAUCCAGGUGUUCUGAAUGACUUGGAGGCAGAAGUGAAGAAGGUUGCCACCUCUGUUGACACCCUGACUGAAAACCUCGCUGGUAUAUUGCGGAGUGUGUCGGCUCUGACUGUGGAUUGUUUGGAGAUCUAUCGUGAUGCAGUAUGUAAGACUUGUGAUGCAGUGGAUUCCAAUAUAAAGUCUAUGUACCAGUUGAUGGCGAAAUGUGAAGAACUGAGCAAGUCCAUGGCGCCUAUCUACAAACUAUCUGAACUUAUAAAAGGAAUUAAGCGUUUACUUGAUUUGUUUGAAAAUGCUGUAAAUGUUUAAAUGUAGUUUAUGGCUUACCAGUAGCAGCUCUGUUCUGCUGUUUGGUUGCAAAGUGUUUUGCUUAAUGUAUUUAUUGAUUUCUUAUGUGUUAUUAAUGUAAAAUUUUUCAUUGCAUAAUUAG